AAUUCGAUUUGACUGUACCAAGUACCUAGUAGUGCAGGGCGGAGGGCGUCAGUCUUUCAAUGGAAGGUCCGCCGUCGGGUGGGUGCUAUCGGGAACAUGAUCUCAUUCGGCCGCCAGCCAUUCUGUCCCGCUUGCGGCCUUAACUUGUUCACUUUCCCCUCGGCAUUACAACGUGCUUGAGUGUCUACGGUUCAUACUGUCUAGGCAUCUAGGGCUCUGAUAUAAGCAUGUCGAAACAAUAUCUUUCUUGUGGCUCUGCAGACAAUGCCCAUCCCGUUGAUAUCUUUGCGCUGGCCGUGACUGACAAGCAGAUUCUGUCAGCCUCGGGUGCCUGUUCACUCAAAGUUCACUCGACCACAGAUCCUGAUUUUCCGUUGGUACAGUCGAUUGACGAUGCCCAUAAAGUUGGGUGCCAUCAUGUGGUAACCAGCGGGAAGGGCUUGAGGGCUGUCAGCAUCGGAUUCGGUGGUGAGGUCAUGAUUUGGUCUUGUCGUGAUGGUAUUUGGGCAAAGGAUGAUGCAGCCUCUGUCAACAAGGCAACGCCUGCAGAUAUAUGGGCCAUUGCUUUGUCCGAGGAUGGACAAUAUCUCGCCGGUGUCACUCAAGAUGGCCAUAUCAAGGUGUGGGACUUGGACGCUAACGGGGAAGAAAUCCGAGACUAUGAGACCAAAGGCAGCUUCGGCACCUGCAUAGAUUUGUCUGCGGACGGCCGCUUUAUAGCAAGCGGGCACGAAAAUGGCAGUGUCUACAUAUUCGGUACAGAGAGCGGACGCAUGCCAUUUAGCCUGUCCGGCUUGGUUAAGCCCGUACGAGCUGUUGCAUUUUCUCCUGGGGGGAAAUUCCUCGCUGCUGCUGGAGACUCCAAGGUGAUUGUGCUCUAUGACACCUCCUCUGGUGAGCAAGUGGCCAAUCUUUCGGGCCACACAACAUGGAUCAUGUCGCUUUCGUGGAGCCACACGGGAGAGCAUCUUCUCAGCGGGUCAUUCGAUGGAAAGGUCAAGGUUUGGUCGAUAGACACCAGGACAUGUGUUGCUACACAUUCUGAGACAGAGAAAGCAAUAUGGAGUAUCAAGUGGCUAUCAAACAUCGGGAGAUCGGUAGGGUUCGCUACGGCUGGUGCGAAUCGCAGCAUAUCAUUCUAUCGUGAAGCCACUGGUGGUUAGCCUCUAGUCCAGCUCCCGCUCAAGAGCCUCCCGGUUGACCUUGGGUCGUGUGUGAAAUACAGCGUAGUCUCGACUGGCCGUGCCGAGUUCAAAC